CUUCAACAAUGAAUUUCAUUGGUGAAUAAUUUUGUUAUGGCCAUAUGUGUGUUUAUGUGACUGGUUGUAAUUCUUUUGACAAAUAAGAAGUCCAUUUAUAAACCGCAGAUCAUGACCAAACUAAUCGUCUAAAACCUAUAUAAUCAUCUUUAAUCAGAUUUGUGAACACAAGCUGUUCAUAAUUUUUAUUAAAAAAAAGCCGUAUAAUCGUCCCACCAAUGGGUGGAAUACUAUGUAAAAAUGGAGUCUUAUUUUGGAAAGCUUUAUCGGUUGAUUUAAAUGACCCAACAUUUAAGUCAGAUAUGGAUCUUGUGGAAUGUGGUUCAGGGAAAAUUCAUGAAUCUAUUGAUAAGUUACCAUCGUCCGAACAAGAUUUGAAAACACAUCCUAAAGAUGCACAAAGAUCUGAAUUAUCCACAUUUAAUUCUUCAAUAGGAGUGUUGCUUUCUUGUUUGGGUUGUGUCAUAGGAACAGGAAAUAUAUGGCGAUUUCCACGUAUUAUUGCCACAGCCAGUUAUUCUCAAGGAAGUUUGACAUUUCUCAUUGCUUGGGCAAUGUCAUUAUUUGUUUGGUCUCUACCACUAAGUAUUGUUGAAUAUACACUGGGUCGAUUUACUCGAACAUCUCCACUUGGUGCAUUUCACAGAUUUUUGGGCAAUAAAUUAGUAUGGUUGGGAGGAUGGAUUGUUGCUGUAACUUAUAUGAUCACGUAAGUAGAAUUCUGAGUAAAUUUCUACACAACAAAAAUACUCUAAGUCGUCGAAUUUCAAAGAAAUGAAUCUUUCUCUACUACUGCAUCUUAAAUGAACAAAAGUCAGGUAGUGAAAACUGGAUACAGUUACAUUUAGUUGGAAGUUUCAAAAGCUAUCAAAAUGAGGAUUGUAUAUUGCUUACUUUUCAGUCAUUGUUGGUUGGUGUUUAUAUUAUUUCUAUAAAUCCUGUGCAUUGUCAAGUUUACCGAGAGAUGUAGAAACAAGUAUUAAAAUUUUCAACGAGUUCGCACAGGAAUCUUACUGGCCUGCAUUAACCCAUACAUUAGCUGUUGUUAUUGUUGGUGGAUGUAUAUUUGGUGGUAUAAAAUGGAUUGAAAAAGCCAAUAUGGUAUUAGUACCUAUGUUAUUAGGUAUAUUAGUUUUCACAUUCGGAUGGUCAUUAACAAGAAAAUAUUCAGAAGUUGGUAUUACAUUUUUAUUUACUCCAUACUGGGGUUAGUUUCAGAAUAUAUUUUAUAAAAAUCAGUGUUUGAUACAUUAUACUUUUCGUCUGGGAUUUUCAUCAUAGACUAGUGUCCCUUAGAAAAUCAUUUGAAAUAAUUUGGUACUAAACUGUUGCUUUAAUCUAAGAUUGGACUCCUGUACACUGUAUAUAAAAAUACCCGAAGUUGUAAUUAGAUUCUUUUAGAGAUUAUAUUGACUAUGAUAUGAUUUACCAUUUAAGAUGAAGUUCACUCAUUUUACAUCAUCAACUUUAUUUAGUUUUCAACAAAAUCCCUUUUACUUAACUUAUUAAUAGCAAAAUGUUAAAUUUAUACGCAAUUGUUUAACAUAAAAUCAUGUUAAACUAUAUUUUUGGCAUUAUCAACGAACUUUUAUAAUUUAAAGUAUAACUAUCAUUUCUAAUCAUACAUUCAAUAUCAAUUCAAAAUAAAUCACAUGAAUUUUGGUGAAUGAACAAAAUACUUCUCGAAAUUAGGGUUGUUUCAAGAAGAAAAAAACAGUCUUUCAAAGAAAAAAAUAGCUAAUUUCUUAUCGAUAUCUUCUAUCAUUGAAUAGAUGUUAUAUUGUAGUGAACAGAACACGGUUGGAGACAAUCGAAUUAUAUUUAGCACAAAAUUACAGAGUUGCUUGGUAAAAUAGAAAACCCAUAUUUUCUACUCCCGCUCUUCCUUUCCUGAUCUUCCACAUCUUCUGCUGCCAGACAUUACAUUCCUGACUCGCGUCAUGUACUACUUAUAUCAAUAUAAGUAGCACGCACCACAAUAUUACCAUAUACAUCAAACAAAUUUUCUGUAAAACCAUUAGUUUAUUUAGUAUGGUAUCCUUUAAAUCUAAAAACAAACUGUAAGUUAAAAUGUUAGGUAUCUUAAAAAUCAUCAACAUGUUCUUUUAAGCACAUUUAUAGAUAAACUAAUAUGGCUAAUACAUUAUCAAAGUCAAUACAUUACAUUCAAAAAAAAAAGAACUCGAUUAGAAUAUAAUAUAAGCUAUGAUGAAAUAUUGCAUAGAAUUGCAUUGGUUCAAGGUGUCAUAUUUGACAAUAAUACACAAACAAAAUAAAAAUUAGUAAAAUUCAAAACAAUGUUGAAAUAUCGGUAGAACAAUGAGAAGAUGAAGUUGAUCUGAAAAAUUUGAUGUAUUCGCUCUAUACAUUUUGAACAAUCUAGUCACACAUAUAACUUGUCAGGGCCUAUUAUAUGAAAAUUAAUAAAGGUCAAUUAAAUUAAAUGUAUAGAGCAGUUACAUCACAUUUUCCAAAUCAACUCCGUUUUCACAUUGUCCUAUCGAAAUUUAUUAAAGGGACUAAUUGCUUUAAAUAUUGAAAUAAUCAGGAGGCAAUACAUAAAAAAUAAAUAAAUAUUUACACUAUAUUUUAUUAUCACUUUCAGUCAUUUUUGUUGUUGUUGUUGUUGAGUAUAGAGAAGUGGCGUACUUUAAAAAUUUAUAGAACGAUUAAAAUAAUCAGUGCAUUUUUAUAAAAUACAGGCUACAUUUUUCAUGAAUUGGUCAUUUAAACAAAGGAGAAAAAUGAGCAGUUAGCUACAUAAACCCAGUGAACUGGUUUAAAUUGUAAUCUCGGUCUUAUAAUAAACUUUAGUAAAAAAUAGAAUGUUCAUCUAUCAAUCUCUCAAUACAAUUUCCUUAUUAUGAUUGUUCAUUUUCUAGAACAUUAGCUCAGUAAAAUAUACAGCAUACUUAUGUUAUUGUAACUAUCGUUUUCAUAAAACAGGUCACGUCAAUUUAGUAAAUGAAAUUUAUAUAAUGAUUUUGUUUAAUUUUUAUUUUCAUAGGUAGUAUGUUUACUCCUAGUUUAUGGGUUGCUGCUGCUAGUCAAAAUGCAUUCGAUACUGGCGCAGCUAUGGCUUUAUUCAUUUCAUAUUCAUCAUAUUUUAGUCGGAAAAAUGGUGCUGUACGCCUCGGUACCAUGAUUCCACUAUGUAACAAUAUGGUCAGGUGAGGCAUUUAGUUUUGGUUUGAUAAUCACAUAAAGUUAUGGCUGUGAUUACAGUGAUUUAGUUACUUCAAUUUUAAGGUAGAAAACAAUAAAAUAUAAGCACUUGGAUAGUUACAGGUCAACCAUACUGAGGGGUUGAAUAAGAAUAACAGUUAACAACUUGUAAGUGCUAAAUGCUGAUAAAAAUGUUAAAGAGGACAACAGAAACAAUUAACUGAUAAAAAGUUCGUCAUAAUUGUGAGCAUCAAUUCUAUAUGACUAUAUUCGAAUGUUAACACUCUUGCUAUUCAGUUCAGAUUGAGAAAAACAGAGAAAGAUUUCUAAAAAUCCAUUACGUAAUUCAUCCGUUGUUUGAGUUAUUGUUAUUGCAGUUAUCAAUUAAUUUGAAUGAAGUUCUUGUCUGUAUCACGUACCUAUUUUGGUAAUAAAGCAAUGGUUCAUGAAGAAGAGGGAAGGAAAGAUAACAGACUAGACCAAAGAAUUGACAAUGAUACCGUUAUGUGGACAGACAUGUAAAGUGCCAAAGGACAACAGUAACAAAUCAAAAUGACUGGAACAUUUUUACCUUUCGUCAUUUUCAAAUAUUUCAUUUGUGACCAAUCAUCACUCAAGAGAGAUUUAAAAGCAUAAACAUAUAAUAUCCUUCAUUGUAUUUCUUUUAAGCUUGAGUAUAUUAGAAAGGAGUAACUGAUACUUUAUAUUGAUUUAGAAUAUGGAAACGGAACAACACAAUUCAACGAACACGAAUUUGUGAAAUACGAACUAUUUAUAAGAAAAAAAAACAAGUAAUCAACCAAACUAACAGACACCAAUUCUACAUAGAACUGUACUAGUGUUCUCUAGACUGUAAGAAAAACUAAGUUACUACAGCGAUGAUAGUCACUUAUAUAGCAGUAAUUACAAUAUUUUGAAGUAGUUAAGAGAUAACAGUCAUAACUUGGAAAUAAAAUGGUCAAGUGAGAAGUAUUGUUAAAUUACAUUGCUUAUAUUUAUGAGAUAAAUACCUAACUAGUAGGGAUUAAGUAGAACACUGAUGCAAAAAUAAAUCAGGAUUGAAGAUAAACUUAAUGAAUACACUGAACAGGUAGAUAAUGCAGCAAACAAUGAUUAAAUGGUGAUUGAAAAUGAUUUCUAUAUUAUAUGAAGAAGAAUAAUAAGGUAUAUGACCGAAUUGAUUGACAAACAGAUUUGUUUAUCAUUGCAAUUAUUAUAAUCAUAUAAUCGUUUGAUACUUUAUCAUUCAAUCAGUUAGUGUUUCCUUUAUUUGGAUUCAUCUCUAUACGCUAUGUUGUUGUUGUUGUUGCAUCCUGUUCCUCCUCCUUCUCCUAGUUCAAUCAGCCAGUGAAGUUAUUCUGGUUGUUAUCUGCAUGGUUCUCCACGUAUCCGUGCACCAUAUUUAGUCUUCCAAUAAAAAUAAUAAUAACAUCACUAUGAUGCCGUAAGUUUCACUCCGUUUUGGAGUGAAUACAAUACUAUACUAUUCCAUUAAAUCAAUUUUCGCUUAUUACACAAAUUCACCUUAGUUCACUUCAACAUCUAGGUUAGACCACCAAUAUUAAUAAAAAAGAAUCGUUAGGUUUACAAUCUAAUAUAAAUAGCAUUAGAUUAGUACCUUAUCAAUAGUUAGUUUAAAAUAAUAAUCACAGUACUACAUCAGAAAUGUUAGAACGAUGCCUUCAACUGCAGUUUUACAUUACAAAAAAAAAAACAUCUCAAAUAAACUACAACAUACAUAGAAUUUCCAUCAAGAAAAGAAAAAAACCUUCCAUAGAUUGAUUUCUUUUCAGAUCAUCCAAAAAAUAAAACACCAUCUUCAUCAUCAUCAUCAAACUCAAUAUACAGCAAAAACCAAAACUUUCAACUGCAUUAUUCUACUUUCUAUUACAAUUCCUUUUUUUUCAAAAGAAAAAUUAUUAAAUAAUGUGCAUUAAUUAAAUUUAGAAAUAAGAUUGACAUUUAUAAUAAAUUAGUUGUUUCCUAAUAAAAGUAACAUAUGGGGAAUUUGUGUGCUUUAUUGUUAUUAUUGUUAUUAUUAUUAUUAAUAUUGAUAAUAAUACAUUUUUAUUUAUCUAAUUACCAUAUAUAUAUAUGAUGUAAUAUAGUUAUAUAUUUUGAAAUUUCAAUUACAUGCAAGUUGAUUAAAUCUAUAUAAAAGGCAGUGAAUUAGCGUUUGUUUUUUAAAUGAAAUCUAAUCUCUAUGAACUGAUAUGUGAGAAUUGUUAUGGAAAUGGAUAGUUACACAUUAAAACUAUUAGUAUUAGUUUGGGUUUGUUUUCCAUUAUGUUCUUUAUUAGUUAGAGUGUGUUAUUGAGAUUGAUUUAUCUGAAAUAUUAGAUUUUUAACAGGAUAACAUGAUAGAGUAGUUUAAUUAGAAUGAGAAAUGUAAGCUAAAGUUAAAUUUCUCAUUUUAAUGAUAAAUUAGGAUAUCAAAUUAUUUACAUGAUGAAUUAAUUUAGUUCAUUCUAAUCUGUGUACAAUAUUUAUGAUCAAACAGUCAUAUCAAUAACACCGAAGGAGUUCUGAAGACUUUAUCUUAAAGUUGUACUACCAUGUAUCAUAGUCAACUUAUUUUUGGAACAAAUUUGAUUUCUGUCCUUCGUAAACCAAACAGUUUAUAGAAGUACCGUUUAGCAUUUAUAGUAAGUUGAUGACAAGUUGAAAUUUAAGUGCGAUCUAAUUAAGGUAGCAAUUUAUAAAUUGCAAAACUUUCGUAGAUUUAUUCAUGCACUUUUUACUAAGCUAGUUACCAGACUAACUAUUAAUGAUGGAGCAUUCAAUAUUAUUUUCACCGCCUAUAGAGAAGAUAUGGUUUUAGAAUACUUAACUACUGAUUGUAAUUAUUGAUCUUUUAUAUACCUUUGAAUUGGAGCAACUUAUGUCAGUCACAUCUUGCAUGAAUAUUUGCUAAAAAUACAUAUUAUCUUCUUAAAUAUGACCAUGAUUAUAUCAAUCUAUUACUCUAAAAGAUAAGCUUUUUAUUUAUUUUCUUCAAUGUAAUUUGUAUAAAUGUUUGUUGACUAACUCUAUUAAACGGUAAACAUUACAUUUAACUUGAAUUUUUUUACUAAUUUCUAAAGACUGUUGCUUUAAUUAUUGAUUCCAUUUUUUCACCAAAUGUUUCCAGUUUACUCUGUGCACUAACAAUUUUCUCAACUGUCUUCUCAACUUUAAUACAAACGUCACCAACAUUAACACGUUCUGGCAUCUUGAAAAUAAUGCAAUCAAAUGGACCUGGUAGCACAGGUCUCACAUUUACCUGGAUCCCUGUCCUAUUCGCCUAUGUUGGUGGUCUGGGAAGAGUUCUCUGUUCAUUGUUCUUCUUAUGUCUCUCCUUCGCGGGGAUUACUUCAUUGAUUGGUCAUGUUCAACUAACGGUUGUAACAGCUAAGGACUUGGGCUGUAAGUUUGAAAAACCCCUUCAUUUUGUUACCUCAUCUGAAUAUUUCAAAUUAUACCCUUAACAUAAUCAGGUAAAAAUCAUGACCACAUAGUCAUAAUUAGAUUCGUAUAAAUAAAGCGACUUAACUCCAAUCCUAAAGAUGAUAAGCAUAGUGAAUCAUGAUAAACACUGUCAAUCUACAUAGUUGAUAUAAUCUAAUCAUCACUAAAGACUAAAAACAUUUUCCUAAUACUAAUCAGUGAUUAUUUAGUGAAGUCAGAUUUCGGACCACUAAAAUUAAUUGAUAAGAAGAUGUUCUUCAGAGGGUCAAUCACAACCGAACUAGCUCGAUGUUAACGUCUUCCGCUGUAACAGAGGUUCUAAUUUUAAAAGAUUUCCGAGUUUCUCUUCAAGAUUGAAACUGAUUUUUUCCAAAAUUCGUUACCAGCUGAUGAUUCCUAUAUAACUGGAUUACUGGAUAAUUAUUUUGACAUGGUUUUGAAACUGUCAAUACUGUGUACAUACACUAUAUCGAGUCUAGGAUGGUGCACUGCUGAAAAGUUUCAUACUAUUAUGACACCCCUUUCUAGUGUUUUCUAAUUUCUCAAUGACUCCCCAAUAACCUUAGUCAUUGGUGAAAAUAAAUUUCACAGAAAAUGAAAUUUACAUUAAUCUAGUGAUUAAUUAUUUCCGUAAAAACCGUUUAAAGAUAGAGAAUAAAUAAUUGUUUCUUAUAAAUAAAAUCUACUUAAUAAAUCGGUCUUAUAUUCUCUCUCUAUCAAUCAUUCAAAUCACCAAAUUAGUAAAGUUCAUUUCCUUCAUUUAUCAACUGUUUGGCGAAGAAAGCUAUUUGUUUAUUUGAGAGCUAAAUGGUCUAUUUAAAAAAAUUUCUCCUAAUCAGUUAAAUUUAUAAACGUUAUAUACCAUAAUUUACUUACGAAUUGUCUCUAACUGUUCUUUGAUUAAUGUCUAUAGAUUUAGAGAAAACAUUCGUACUAUAACUUUUUAUUUUUAUUAUAGUAAGUCAUAGACAAGCUGCAUUUGCUGGUUUAUUCCUCACUCUUGUAUUUGGUAUGCCUUCUGCAAUUAGUAUAAAUGUUCUUACAAAUCAGGUUAGUUUUAUAUUCAGUUAUUGUUUUAGCUUUUUCAAAAAGAUUUUCCUCUCAUGAUUUUGUGUUUGUUCUUGUAAUUACGGUAAUAUGCUUAUCACUCAAAUAAAUUUUCGUAUAUUAUGUGUGUUUUUCGGACAGCUUUCAGUAGUGAGCUAUUUAAGAUACGCAUCCAUUUCUGUAAAUACCUAGUAUUUUCAACAAAUACGGUAUGUACCUAGUAUCAGCAAGAUUUCUCCUGAGCUAAACUUUUAUACAUAAGGAUUUGCUAGAUUAUGAAUACUAUCCUAGAGUUUUCAGGGACUGCAUGAUGUUAACAGGUAAUAAAUGGGGCUGAUCUGCAGAUUUUAAAUGAAAUCAUCUUUCUUCUCCUUCUACACAAGAGGUGCUUCAAGCUCAUAGCUAAGAGUUAUGUGUCAAUUGACUUAGAUAAAAAUCAAAUAUGACUCAGGCAGAACACUUCAAGAGUCCGAUGCGGUAUAUGCUAACCAAUUAAGAUUUAAUUUAGCUUACAGUCUCCAAAUUGAGUUCCAGAACAACAAGUUUAGAUAAAGUACAUUUCAAGUUAGGUUGUGAGCAUGUCAGCUAAGUCUUCCGGCGAUCAUCAGAUAAUGAAUUAUAAAAAUGUCUUCCACUUCACUCUGAUAACUUACAUUGGCACAAAAACCAUGAACAGUUUUUAUUCUUUUGUUUAAAUCAGUGCCUUUGAAAGUAAAUUUUGUUUCCUUCCAAAGUGUUGGUCUUCCACCAACAAAUCCAGCUAAAUUAGUGGUUAAAGAGUAUGAAUGUACUAAGUAACGAUGUCGACAAAAUCUGGUACUUGAAUAUUUAUCUCAAAAACGUUCGGGUUGCAAAAUACAAAAUACUAAUUUCUGACUAACUGCCACUGUCGUAUCGUUAGAUCUCAUUGUUGACAAAACAACUUAUUCCCUUUUUAUUAAAUUACAUCAGAUGUAUCAAGCAGUUAUUUGAUACUUUCCCAUAAUGUUUGAAAUAUUGUAAACCUAAACGUUUUAAUCAGUAAGCAAUGAUAAAUCCCUAUUCUCUUCCUGAGCCAUCAGCUAGUAUAAUUCUCAUUUACUGAAUAGACGAUUUAUUGAAUACAUGAAAUAAGAAAAAUAGGCUAAUACAUUUUAUAUAUAAAUACGUUUUCAAUAACCUUGAAAGUGGUAUGAAAAUAAUAGCAUUUUUAACAAUGGCAAAACUGGAAGAUGAUCGUCAUGGAAAAAUUUGAAGAGGAUUAGGUUUAAUUUCAAAUCGCAAUAAAUUUUUGAAAAAUGUUAAGUAGUAAAAAUAUCUUUAAAUUACAUCCUGUCUAACUUGUGAGACAACAAAGUGAGCAACAUUACUGAUAGAUGUGGCAUGCUUAACAGACAUACAAGUCUUCAAAUAGGUCACUAAUUUUUUGGCUAAUAUGAUUGAACAUUUGUUAAUAACACAAACUACAGUCCACCCCAGUGGUAUGUUAGAACUGUGGUUGAGAAGAUUAUAGAAGGAACUAAAAUAUGUUACUAAUGUAGAAUAUUAUUAAAAACCACAACCAACUUGCUCCUAACUCUGUUGCAGUGACGCAGAUAUCGAGUGGUAAAUAAUAAUUUAAAUUUCGCUUCAGAAGCACUUUUAUAAUAGUCGACUAUGAUUAACUUUUUAAUACUGUUAGCAAUAAUAUCAUGCACACGUCUUUAAAUAUUAAUGAUAUUUUGUAGGACAAUGUUUGGGGUUUUGCACUUAUGUUAUCCGGUUUAUCUAUGGCUGGUCUAAUAAUAAUUUAUGGUCCAAUGAAAUACAGAAGGGUCAUUGUUAAUGAUUUUGGAAUCGAUGAUUGGAAACUUCCAGUUGUUUGGGUCUUUAUGAUAAGUGUUUUGGUACCUUUAUCCGGAACCGGAUUGAUAAUUUGGUGGGCAUAUGAUUUGAUAAAAUCUAAUCCUAAAUGGUAUCAACUUACUUUGGAUUCAAUGACUACUACAUUACUUGAGUGGCUCAUUGUAUUUCUCAUUUUAAUAACUGUGAACGCUAUAGCAGUUUGGCGAAAUAUUGAUUUCUUUCAUAAAGAUAAACAAAACGGUUAUGAUCCUCACAAUCCAGAUUAUAUACCAAAAGAUGAAUUGCAGUCAUUUGAUGAAUUCUUUAUUGUAUCCUCGGAUAGUGUAAAUAUUAGUCGAAAUCAAAUGCUAACACACUUGUAAUUAGUAUAUUUAUAUAUUAUCUCAUAAAUUUAUUUGAUUAACACAGUUUAAUUAUUUCGCCUAUAUAUAAUAUGUAGACAUAUAUAUAUACCCUAUUUUAAAUAAAGUAAACGUUUUUUACCUUC